CUGAGUCUCACCUAUGGAAAUCCUAUAGACACCAGAUGGGGAAAAGACGGCAUGGAUUAUUUUCUAAUGCUGCAGAUUUGGUCCAUCUCUCUCAGAAAACCUUCUUUAACCAGGCAGCACCAGCACUGGUACCCUGUCCGCCGCACUGGAUUUCACCAUUGUGGGAGCAAGAACACCGAUCCAAAGCUAAGCAGAUGCCCUACCUCAGACAUGAGGCCAGAACCACCCAACCAUUAGCCCAUCCCUGCCACAAGACCAAAUAUCUUCCUUCUCAAUGGCCCAAACAGCCAGGCAUAGCUACACAGAUGCUCUGCAUGGAUCACAAGGCUGUUCCCCUACCCUUUCUUCAUUACCAGAGUGUGACUAAGGCAUCCCUACCCCGGAAACACCACACAGCCAACUCAAUCUUGACUAUACUCAAGUCUGACUUCAGAUCCAGGGUAACAGCUGUCCCUCUGACAUCUGCCAAACAGCAUCUCAUACCUUCUCUGCUCGACUCCAAACACCAACUUGAGAGUUCCCGGGACUCCAGGUGUAGGAUGGAGGCUGCUUCCGGGCCUAACCUCCUUCCCAGGAUUUUUGCUGACUGUGACCAUCUACCUGAAGAUCUAACACACCUCAGCCAGCAUCCCCCAUCUUCAAAAUUCCUUUACCACCAGGCUGAGUUUCCAUUCAUGGGCAACAGGACCAUAAAAGGAACUGGAACCAAAGCAUUUCCCAAGUACCAAGCCAAGACCACACACAAACCAGUGAAAUCAGUUCUCUCACCUGAAGCUUUGUCAAGGCCCAGACUCCAAGACAGAGUUCUAACCACUAAGCUCAGUCCCAUAGGUGUGCCCUCAUCACCUCGUCCUGACCAUUGGUCCAAGGCCAUAUCAUUUAAGGCAUCUGACUUGGGCCAUUGGGUCCAGGCCAAAACUUGUAAGGUUUUACAAUCUGAGCAUGGCUUAAAGAAGACAGUGUCACUAUUACGAUGCAUUGACAAGCGUUCCAAAGAUCCAUCUAUGCUUUUAUCAAAUCUGAAUGGGAGAACCAGGGCCACAACUGCAUGUCCACCCUGCCCACAACACUGGACUACAGCCAGCAGCAAAGCCACAGCUUUGCCAUCACAAGGUCCAAAACAUCAGGCCAGUAUAACACUUACACCAUCACAAGACUUCAAGCCAUUGGAAGCUUCUUCAUCAUGCCUGGAAGAUCCCUGUGCUAAAACCACCUCUUCACCUUUCACUGAGGCUCCACUGGGCCCUGAUUACAAGGCCAAGGACACAUCUGGACUAUCCCUACUCUCUGAACACCAAGUUGCACCAAUCAUAAUUCCAGUCUAUUUAGAUCACUGUAGAAAGACAGCACAGGACUCUCAACUUGACGCCACAACGCUGCUCUUCCCAAGCUACCAGAAGAGCACCUCCUCAGGCUCUGAUGUACAAGUCACACAUCUACAGCAUGCUCCAGGCUUGGGUGUCCAGACAGCACUACCCUUAGUAUGUCACCAGGACACAGCAGUGAUAGGUAGUCAGGACCAGCAGGUUGAAGUUCUACAAGACAAGAACCCAGAGGCACCAACUCCUAAGGGUCUGGACCAUCUGGCCAUAAAUCCAGUUGACCUGGACCCUUCAACAAUGUCACCACCUAAGUCAGACUAUAAGGCCACACUACCAUUCAGCUAUGAAUGCAAGGUCAUAGCUCUAUGUAGAAAUGAAUACAAAACUGAACCUGCUGCAUCAGACCCAAAUGAGCCACAGACAAUACUGCCAACAGACCAUGACAACCAAGAACCACCUCAACUAGACCCAGACUCAACCCAGAGAUUAACUCAAUUGAACUCUGGCCGCAGAGCCACAUAUUCACCUAGCUCUGAUGACCACCAGACUGAAAAUAUACAAAACUGUCAUAAACAGCUCACACCUCAAGAUCAACUAGACCAGAGGGAAACAAAACCACCAGGACCAGGCCCCCAGGCCAUAACUCUCGUGGAUCAGGAUCAUGAGUAUAAACUUUCAAUAGACAUAAAAGCCCAAGACAAAACAGACCAGGUUCAUUGGAGAACACCCCCACUGGAUAUAGAACAAAAGGACACAAAUCCACCUGGUUCUGACCCUCAGAUUGCACUUCUCCCCAGUCAUGUCUACAAAGGUACAGAUGUACCAGGUCCAGAUGCCCCGGUCUAUGCUAAACCAGAACAUCAGGAAAUAAUGCCACCAGAAAGAGACCACAAGGGGCCAGCUUCCAUAGGCCAGGCAGCAUGGAAAACAUCUCCACUGAGCAUAACAGACCCUAAGAACCUGAUGCACCCUGGUCCUCAACACCAGACAACACUUCCAGCCAGUCCCAAUCCAAGGGUCAUAAUACCACACAGCCUUGACCGUACCCCAGGUGCGAAUGCCCAGGGCAUACUUCAAACUGAACAAGAUGUGUUCAUAUUUCAAAAUGAACAAGAGUGUGAAGCGUUGCCCCUGGGAAUAAGCCACCAGGUCAUGACUAUUGAAGACUUAUCACACAAAGCAGUGACUCUACCAGGCUUAGAUUUCCAAUUUCUACCUGAGCCAGAAGACCAAACCCCAAUGCUGCUACAUGCUGACCAACAGUCUGAGGAUGCACUGGACAGCAACACUUGGGUCUCACUCCAGAAAGAACGGCAUCAUUGGCAAACAGUGCCACUUGGAACAUAUAAUAGGGAUACAACUACAGAAGUCUGGGAUCACAAAGUAAUACCCACACUGGGCCUAAACCUAAUGGAUACAGCUCUACCUAACCUUGACCACAGGGCCACACAUCCACUCAGUCUAGACUUCCAGGUCAUUCCUCCACUGACAACUGACCACCAAGAUGACUUGGUUUCAGAAGCCAGUGAUGAGAUCUCAAAGGUUCGACUGGAACGAGGUCCACAGGGAGCAAUACCACCAGAAGAAGACCACCAAGACACAGCUGUCCCAAGCCAGGAUCAGCAGGCAAUACCUUCACUAAACAUAGAACUCUGUGAAGUAACUCUAUUUGGUCUCAAUUUUCAGAAUGAACUGCAAUUCAUCUCUGAUCAUCAAUCAGAGGCUGUCCCAGACCCCAAUACCCAAGUCACACCGCCAUUAGACCUAUACCACUCAGCAAAAAUGCUAGUGGGUCCACGGCAGGUCAUACCUUCAUCUAGUCCCAAGUCCCCAUUUGUUCUUCUAACCAGACUUAAAAACAAGAAUGAGGCUAAAUCAGAUGUCACUGACUCCAAGGGCACAACGCCAUGUCUGGAUGAGGAGGAAAUAGCUUCACCAAGCCCAAUAUAUAGGGCCAAAACCCCAUCAGGUCCUAAACACCCAAAUGAGGCUCCAAUAGCUUGUGACCACCAUCCUGAGGCUGAACUGAGCUCUGGGCACCCAGAUGAGGUUCAGUCUAGUAUUCAACACCAAACCUUUUCCAGAAAAAAAAGUCAAAUUUUGUGGCGUUUAAAUUAUAUCAAGCCAUACACCAUUGAGGGGGGUGAUGUCCCUGAAAAAAUUAUUGAUGACAUCAUUUGUUCCAUCCCUCAGGAUGAAAUAAAAAAUGACAUCUGCAGACAGACUAUCUUGCAGAAGAUGAAGAGGGUGUCCACCAUUCAUUGUUAUUACCAGGGCAUCCCACUGGAUUAUCCAGUGUGCCUAAUUUGUGUCUCUUGGAUACCAAAUGGCUGUCCCCAUGUUUGGGGGAUGAAAUAUCCUUGUGAGGCACAACUGCUGGUCAUACCAGUGCCUGUGUCCGAUUCUGAGGAGGAAAUAAAUGUGAAAUUUAUUCUCCAAGUACGCCGUGCAACCAGAUGUUCCAUUUUUUCUCUCCCAUACCCCUAUUAUGAUUUGCAGGGGCCCUUAGCCCAUCCAUUGAAUUCAACAGUAUCUUCCCACUCAGACCUGGUGCUCCCUGUGUCUUCCAUGCGGAAAUGGCUCGGCUUUAUACUUGGCAAGGACCCCCAGCCAGAGGGAAGGACCCUACCUACAAGCCAAUGGCCUUACAAGGGGGAAAUAGCCAUUGAAAAAGAUGGUGGUAGAGAGGAAGCAACAUCAAAGGAACGUAGAACAUUUCUCAGAUCUAUACUAGACAUGUUGCAAAAAAAGCAGAGGAGGAAUUAAAUGACCGUAUUUUCUCUCAGAAAGGAAUUGACUCCCCUGAAUAUCUUUGCAACUUGUUUCUGAUUUUUGUGUCUCACUUUGUUCUUCCAUGUACUUUGACGGGGAGAGGACAAAACCUUUGUAUUUCCUUUUCAAUUUGGGCAGGGAGAGCCAGUUAGAGACAUUUAUAAUGUAAUGAAAAGAGAAAAUCUUCAUCCUUUCUCCUCCUUCUCAUUCUAUAUUUUAGCUUCCAGAAAAGCAAACUUUUCUCUAAAUGACUCCCCAUAGAAGAGAUUAGCCUCAUUCUCUAUCUCCCUCUCAUGCCCUAUUUUAUAGCAAUUUAGUGAAUAAGUUAUUCUCCCAGUAAGGCUUGGUAAAACACACCAUAUUAUCCAGAAAACUCUUUAUUCUGACCUACUUCCUCAUCCAAUCGUCACCUCAAAUACAAUUGCAAUUAAAAUUCUAUACUUGAAUAUUUCAGCAUUUCAGAUUUCAUGAUUUCAUUAGAACUCUGUUCAAACCUGAGGAAACAAUAGAUGGACAUCUUCACCUUUUACUAAAGCCAAAACCAUCCUACCCUUUUCAUGGUGAGCCCAUACUUUCACUGGUGGUGUGAGGUAGUUCCUUGCCAGGACCUAAAGGGAGGUUUCAUAGAAAAAUUAGAUGAACUUUCCAGUGCUGAAAGCAAUCAACUUUUAUUUGGAAUGUUUCGGAUCAUAAGAAUAGGCUAUGUGGCUUAACUGGAGAUACCCAAGGCUGGAAGCAUGGAAUGAAGAGACCAGAGAUAAGACGGGAAUGGGACUUAGGCAGAAUUAUUUCUCUACUCCCAUCCUAGAGCAACAGAGGACAUCAAUGAAAUGGGCCAUGGAAGAACAAGGAAGGGAUACUUCUAGGGAUGUUACCAAAGAUUCAGACUUGAUGGUCUGCAGGC